GUUUUCUCCUGGACCUCACCGUCAGGGAUUAGGAGUCAGGUGGGCUUUGGCGUCCUGGAUCUGCUGCGUUCUUGUAGACAGCACUUUAUGUAGCUGAUGCGGUGGAGUGGCUUGGAGAUCCGGCGAGAUGGAGCUCAGAAUGAACUCUGAACAGUCUACCUUUGUCAAGUUUCAACUGUUCGGGCUGGACAUGCGACUCGCGCAGGACCCCAACUCCCAGCAUCUCGGCAAGACGGUGUGGGAUGCAUCCAUGGUUCUUGCAAAGUAUCUGGAGCGCAAUGAGAACAAGGGCGAGUUCUCCCGCAAGAAGCUAGCUGGGAAGCGGGCGCUUGAGCUGGGUGCAGGGUGUGGGCUCGCCGGCAUGGGCCUGUGCCUGCUGGGCUGCCACGUGGUCACGACCGACCAGCGCGACGUCCUCCCGCUACUGCAGCAGAACAUUGACUGGAACGUGUCUUCCGCUGUGCUCAGCGCCGCGGAUUCGUCGCUUAGAGGCCCCGUGGGCGACGUGCUGGUGGCGGAACUUGACUGGGGGAACGAUGCACACGUCAAAGCUGUGAACCCGCCCUUCGACCUCGUGGUCGCUGCUGACGUGCUGUAUGCGGAGCACCUGGUGGAGCCGCUUCUGCGGACGAUUGCAGCGGUCACAGGGCCUCGGACUACGACCCUGAUCUCGUACGAGCUCCGGUCCCAUUCCGUCCACACCGCCUUCCUGGAGCAGAGCAGCCGGCUCUUUUCCGUACGGAAGAUUCCCCAUGCCAAAAUGCACCCGCUCUUCCAGCACCCCUCCAUCGAUAUCUAUGCCCUCCGGAAGCUUCCCCAGGCGCACUCUCGCUCCAGCACUUCCUCCCCCUCCCCUACGCCGUCGCUUCAAUCCGACGGUGCCGCAGAGAGCGGCUCUUCCGAUCGGACGGCCCAGAUUGCAGUGGCAAGCGUGGACGACGACAACGAAUGUAAAGACACAAGUACAACGCCUCAGAUCGAGUCAGGAAAGCCUUCCGUAUCAAAUAACGUAAGACAACCCAAUGAGGGAUCUGUAGAUUGCUCGCUUGUAGAAACCGAGUCCGAUGCUCCCGAGCGGUUUGAUACUUGUAGGGAUAAAGAGGAGCCGGGGGCAGUCUGGGCGAGUAGGCGGGCUGGGGUAGAAGCGGCGCGACUACUAGCAGGGAUAAAGCUAGACUCGUCUGACGAUCAUUGAUUGAUGCAUGAGCACUCGGUUCGCUAACUCGGACUCGAGCAAUUUCACGGGACAUAUGCAAGGAAUGAUGCAUCGCUUGAAAAAGACUAACUGGAUGUAGUCACUUCGACCCGAUCGC